ACCCUGCGAUAGACUUGGAGCUCAUUAACAGGGAGAGGCACAAAGCUUCAAGCCCGUUUGAAAGCAGUUUGCACUCUUGGAGUAAUGAAGCCUUUCAUUUCACGCUCAUGCUAACCCAUGACAUGAAUUCAAUUGUCACUUAAAGACCUUAGGAUGAGAUCUGGGACGAAUUCAUAAGAAUGUAUUUUGAGGGGCCAUACACUACAAACUGAACUACCCUAGAUGUGUAUUUGAAUGUCGAUUUUCUUUAUAAGAAAACUAAUUUGUUGGUUAUUUUUUAGGGUAGAUGGAGCGGCAUCUAAUGAGGAAAGAGGCAAAAUCCAUACUCAAGUUGAAAUGGAUGACAUUCGACCGGACGAAGAUCCCGCCAGGAUUCAAAGUUCUGGAGUUUCCCUUCAAAGCCAAAACAGGUCACAAAAUCAGGCUUCUCAAAUACAAAACGUAUCAGAAGAUUCGGGGAAUAAUGUUUCAUCAAACACUACACAAAGCACCCAUUACGCAUCUCUUAAUCCAUCGACUCGCUCCUGGGAGGUUCCUAGACAACACGUGACUCUAGAGAAUAUAAUUGGUAAAGGUGCGUUUGGUCAGGUUGCCAAGGGAACAGCAAUAGAUCUUCGAGGACGGCCCGGGAAGACACAAGUGGCUAUUAAAAAGUUAAAAGAGAAUGCGCCCGAGACAGACAAGAGAGACUUGUUAUCAGAACUUGAAAUUAUGAAACAGCUCAAGUCUCAUCCUCAUGUCAUCAAGCUCCUAGGAUGCGUCACUGAAUCUGAGCCGUUGUUGGUGCUUAUAGAAUAUGUUCCAUUUGGAGACCUGCUGGGAUACCUGCGAAAGAGCCGUGGACUGAAUGACACUUAUUACAAAGACCCGGAUAUCAAACCAAAAACAAGUCUGACGUCACGACGGCUGAUGAAGUUUGCUUGGCAAAUCGCUGAUGGAAUGUCUUAUUUGUCAUCCAAACGAAUUAUCCACCGAGACCUGGCAGCUCGUAACGUGUUGGUUGGUGAAAAAGAAACAUGUAAAGUGACAGACUUUGGAAUGGCCAGAGAUGUUCAAGAGGACAACGUUUACGAACGAAAAUCAAAGGCAAGAGACAAGAUGAAGAGUCCCAGAGACUUGUCUCUUCAAAACCCUUCAUGUGAACUGUUCAGGAGACAAGUCUCUGACACAAAAUGAAAAUGAUCCAACCGCAGAUCAGUAUUUAUUUUAAUAGUUUUUCAAAGUCCGCUUUGCUCUGAUGAUGGUUUAACGCUCGAAAUGUCAGCUUCAUUAAGUAUCUACGGUGGUUAAUUUUACAUUUUUUUUUAUUGCCCUGGUAUAUAUAUCUCAGGUUUGCUCUUGGAGAGCAAAAGAGUGAAAAACAAUACCUUUCUCCCAAGAUUUUGAGCUAGGUGUUCCUUUGCAAUCAGCGUCCUCAUGUACACACUACAAGGGACCAGUCCCUGCCACAUGUUCCCUCGUGUAAACUCUUUACGAGACUAAUCACAGGGACUAUUCCGGUGGCUUGCAAAAUUUUAAUAUAUA